AUGUCGUUCGUGGUGGAUCAAGUGCGUCGCAUAGACAGCCAACUCGACCGACUACAGCUCUCCACCGUCCCCUCAACCGCGGAACACGCCCACGCCGCCCCAUCACCCUUCACCACCGCAGAAGCCCAAGACCCCACCAAAGCAGCGCGUAUUCUGCAAUUGCAGGCGCUGGUGAAGAGCCUCUCGACAACUUCGAGUGCCCUCGUGCCCACCUACCGCAUCCGCUCCAUCCUCGACCAGGCGCAAAUAUCGGAAAGUUGCACGACAUGUGCGCAGUAUUUUGCGCAGGGCGACGAGGCGGAGUUGGUGCCUCAUGCGGACCCGACCUACGAACAUGAGCUGGAGUGGCUGCUCCUCAGUAAAGCUACGGCGCAGGUGUAUGGGCAGGUGCUGAGUGCGAUUCUGGAGCAGACCAUACCGCUGAGCGAUGAUAUUUGGUAUUGGGAUGAUAUACUGGGGACAUAUGCGUAUGCGGGGCUUUACUCUAUCCAGACGUCUCCGUUGCGGUUGUGGGGGUGGACGCAGGGUAUCUGGCGUGAUGUUCGGGCGAGAGGAGGGGGGUUUGCAGAUGGGUGGGGGAGGUUUUAUGGGCUGGUUAGGGAAGUCGUGCAUGAGAGGUCCAUUGCGGAUAUUCAGCGACGCGUGGUUUCGCCGCUAGCUCAGGUUUACGAUGAGGCGAGGCGGAAGCAGGCGAAGUUGAAGCGGAUAAGACAGAUUAAUGCGAAUGCGCUAGGUGUACUGCUGGGCGAGGGGUUGAGUAAUGAGAGCAUUCGCGAAGACGGUCUAAGGAGUCCAGAUGGAGAAGAUGGCUCCGAUACUCGCCACAGAUGGAAGACUACAACCGCGAAAAGCAUUGCGCUCAUAGACGCCGUACUCACAAAUGUUAGCGACAACGAGCUAGUCGUCGACAAGUUCAACGAUUCAGUUGCCACCAUGACCCAGGAUGAUCACUAUUUUGCCCUCCACGAACGCUCUGGAGAGCGGACUGCCACGUCUCUCAAACCAGCCGAUGUUGUCGAGCGACUUCAAACCCUACUUGGACAAGGGCUACCUCAAUACACCUCAACCUUCAACCAGGUAGUGGCGCAAAAUGGCCGGCCGUCUAGGCUCAUUCGGUAUUGGCUACCAGCAUCACUGCUUCUUGUGUCAUCCACAACCAUAUUCCGCAUCGCCGUCAAUCGCAAAGCUGAACUCCUGGAGUGGAUACGGGAUUUCGGCACUACAGUCAUUGACUUUUGGUCAAACUGGGUGGUCGAGCCCACAAAGAAGAUUCUUGGUACUAUUCGACACGACGAGGACAGCGAAGUCUCCAUAAUGAGCAAAAGAAGCCUCGAGGCCGAUCAUGCUAGCUUAGAGCGCAUGGUGGUCGACUUCGCGAAGGUAGAUGGACUGAACGACACGCAAUUGACAGAUCUCCGCGCAAAGGUCCGAGAAGGCGAUCUUACGACUGUUCUUAAGGUUUACGAGAAGGAUAUGCAGUCGCCAGUCUGGGGUGCACUCCGUGGCAAUCUCAUACAAGCGCUCUUGAUCCAGAUACAAAAGACGAAGGUCGACGUUGAGGUUGCCAUGAGCGGCAUUGACUCGAUAUUAAAGAGCCAAGAGCUGCUCUUUGGAUUCAUCGGUCUUACCCCUGGUGUACUUGUGACCAUUGGCGUCUGGAGAUGGCUAGGAGGCGUCUUUAGCAGCCGAAGGGGCCUUAAGAAAGGGACGAAGCAGGGCCAAUUGCUGGUCAUAUUGCGGAAUAUCGAUCGUAUCCUAGUAGGAGCAGUACCGACCGAGUUCGGAGAGCUUCCCUACAAAGACCACGGCCUACUUCUCUGCGAGGUGCAUUUACUACGCCAAACAGCGAGUGGCGUGCUUCCAAGACGCAUCUUCCAUGACUUCCUGGAGGAGGUUGACGAGCUGGUGGACAUACGGGCGGGGCUGACGAGGCAGCAAAAAGUUGUGGAGCGGAUGCGUUGGGCCGAAGACUCGUUCACGCCCUCCUUCAUCACGACCAUCGGCAUCGACUUCAAGAUCCGCACCAUUGAGCUCGACGGCAAACGCGUCAAGCUGCAGAUAUGGGACACGGCGGGCCAGGAGCGCUUCCGCACUAUCACAACAGCGUACUACCGCGGCGCCAUGGGGAUACUGCUAGUCUACGAUGUGACGGACGAGAGGAGUUUUAACAACAUCCGCACCUGGUUCAGCAACGUCGAGCAGCACGCCACCGAGGGCGUGAACAAGAUCCUGAUCGGCAACAAGUGCGACUGGGAAGAGAAGCGCGCCGUGUCGACGGAGCGCGGCCAGCAGCUCGCCGACGAGCUGGGCAUCCCGUUCCUCGAGGUGUCGGCGAAGAGCAACAUCAACGUCGACAAGGCGUUCUACUCCCUCGCUGCGGAUAUCAAGAAGCGGCUUAUCGAUACUGCGCGGACGGACCAGACGCCGAGUAGCGGCGUGCCCAUUGGGGAUCAGAGCGGGGGUGGGAUCGGCGGCAUGGGCGGGAAGUGUUGUUAA